AUGACUUCUACUGAUGGAUCUGCAGAUCAAUGGCUCCAAGUCUUCACUGAUCGGUCUUACAUAGAAAACCAAGCGAACGUUGGUGCAGGUGUCUAUUCUGACCUCGUCUCUUUCUAUGCAGCAGCGGGACACCACAGAUUCGUUUUUGAUGGAGAAAAAGGGGCCUCAAGAUGCAACGAACUUAAAGCUCGAACAAAGGAGAAACAGUGGUCAGUGGAACUCUCCGACAUAGCCGACUGGCCAAGAAUCGAGGUCGUUGCUUCGUUUGGACUACGUACCGGACACGAUUGCCUGACAAAACACCUUCACAAAUUGGGAGUAUACACUCAACCCACAUGCCCUCUAUGUAACCUACAGGAGGAAGUGAGGAAGACCCACCUGAUUCGAUGUCCUGCUCUAAAGACAACGGAAGACCCACCUGAUUCGGUGUCCAGCUCUAAAGACAAGCAAGAAAGCCAGAGAUACUGGGAAGCAAGAAGACAGCUAAUGAGCUGA